AUGAAUGACUACAUUCGGCUGAUCCCAAAUCCACGGGACGUGGAUGUUUCAGAACUCGGCUCUUCAAAAACACAAAUCGACUAUCCUGUAUCCUGCAGAGCGAGGUCCGACGCCACGACCAAAACCACUCCGCCGCGACUUCUGGCACGAGAAGAAGUCAUCACUGAAUCUCCGGAGCCCGACCACCGCAUCGGUCUACCGUUCAGGGCGACCAUCGCGUUCCUGGCCACCUCAUCCUCCAACAUGCUGAGGGAGCCCAGGUCUCUUGAACACCCCCAUCCCCACCAGCCAGCACCCGACACGAACACGACCCAAGUACUGGUGGUGGCAGAUCAGUGUGACACCGCCGCUCACACUCACGCCCACACUCACGCCCACACCCAGUCCACGACAUUGUUUGGUCUCCCCGCCGAACUGACCAGCCAGAUCACAUCCCAGCUAGAGUACCACGACGCUGUAUCCUUCCGAUUAACAUGCAGGUCCGCGCGUGAGCUGAUCCCCUUCGAGAAGGGCCUGUGCGUCAAGCGCGCCACGCUCAAGGCAUCCCUCCUGGCCGCCGAGAGGGCCGACGAGGAACGCCGUGGGGAAAUCUGGCAGAACGCACACACCUGGGCGGCGUUGUUCCCUGCGUCCGCCGGGCCCGGCGGCCCGCCCAACGAGGGCAUGACCAACUUGCACAACAAUCGGAUCACGCGGGCGGAGCGGCUCAAUUGCUACGCCUGCCUCCGCACGCUCCCGUGCAGUGAGUUCCACGCCGGGCAGAUGAAGGGCCUUCGGAGCCUGGGGCACAAGGAACACGCCAAGCGGUUCUGCAUCGACUGUGGCUGGGGCAAGGGGAUCUGGGCGCGAGGCAGUGCCGCUGGACGCGGGGCCCAAUGCGUGGUCAUUUGUCGGCUCUGCGGCGGCCUGAAUCGGAGGGCCGACCCCCUGUUCCGGCGGGAACGCGUCUGUUCGAUGGCGUGUUGGCCACAGGGCCUGGCGGUUCCUGGGGGUGGGAAUGUGGCUGGUCUCGAUCCGAGGGUCGGGGUCGAAGAUGACCAGCAGCAGCAGGACGGAAGGGCGCCUGUGUCUUUACCAAGGGGACUGCUCUCGCGACGUGCCAAGUUGAACUCGGCAUAA